AAGCGAGAAACAGACCACAAGGAUUUUACCAUUUUGUUCUCUUCAAACGAAAAUAGAGACACAGAAUGAAAAAGGAAACCCUUUAUCUCGAGCAGCUUGAGUAAAUCAGUGAGCAGAAAUUUCGCUUGUGGUGAGAUGGAGACAGCAGGAAGGGCUGUGUUCGUGGAGAAUUGCUCGUUUAACCCUGCAGUGUGUGUGAUCUCACUCACAGACAAGAACAUGAGCGAGUGACAUCGUGACACUCAGCGCUGGGACGUCUCUGCUCCACACAUUUCCAGAUGAAUACUGAGAGGAACACGCCAUCAUGCAGAUUCUGGCUAUGAUAAUGAUGAUGAUUUUGAUGAUAUCAUCACAUUCAGCUCUUGCAGAUCAAAGUUUAACAUGUUAUAAUGAUUACUUCAACACCUUCAAAUGUAUUUGGGACACCUCAAAACUGGAUGUGAUCCCUCCGGUCCGACCCGAGACCAAAUGCUGGAUUAAUGUAACGGUUCAGAAGCGAUUACAACAGACUCCAGAGAAGGUGCAGAUGUUUGCAGACCCGGCACAGUCUCAUAUACGCUCUGCCACGGUGGUUUUUAAAAGCAAGAUUGUACCUACAAUAAUAUCUGGGGCCAAAUUACAUGAAAAAGUCCUUUGUGACAACUACACAAAUCCCAUGGCUGAAAUAGAAACACAUUUAGCACAAAACAGUGCAGUGAAAGCGGCUCCUCCUGAGGGACUGAAAGUGCAUGGGAUCAAUGUUUCUUGGAGUUUUGUUCCUCCAACACGUUUUUUACAGAAAUAUAAACAGUUUGAGGUCCAGUACAGAUCUGCUGCUCAGAGCUGGAAGGAUGUGGAACAUGAUACCGUAACUACUAAAGAAACUCAAUUCGAUCUGCCAGAGGACCGUUUGUACUUCAGUCAGCAGUACGUGAUCAGGGUGAGAGUCAGGUAUGAAAAGGAAGACCUGCCCAAUGCUGUGUGGAGCGACUGGAGUGAAGAGUACAACUGGACAUCUGAAGUGGGUCAGAAGCCCCACACACCAGGGAUCCUCCAGCUGGAAUCAUCUGUGGCAGGGAUCACGCUCACAGGAAUCACUCUGGCCACCAUAUUAAUCUUCACCAUUCUCCUCAAGUGCAAGAGAACCAAAAGGAAUGUGGCUUCUUUUCCUUUCAGGGUCCAGAAGAAUGGUUCCACCUAUAUUCCUGAUCCCUCCAAAUUCUUCGGAGAGCUGAACUCGAGUCACGGAGGGAAUUUUACGUCCUGGCUGGGGUCGCUUUUAGCGCACGAGAGCUUCAUCAGAGUGGACACCGAGUUCAUCAGUCCGGUCGAGGUCCUGAAGCUGCAGGACGCCUGCGAAUCGCGCGUCUCACACAGAAACAGCGGCGGCCCGCAGGACGCAUGGGAUGACACCGCCAAAUCCUCCAACUUCUCCAACUCCACCUACUUCUUGUCCCAGAGCUCCAAGGGGCCGAGCGACACGCUGGAGCCCUGCUCGGUGCACUCCUCGUACGGGCCAGCAGGGGGCCCCGCUGACGUCACUCACGCCACUGGACAGAAGGACACAGAGGAGCUGGAGAAGCUGAGGCAGGACACACAGAGUCCCGAUUCGGGUUUCGCCGCCGGAACCGAGGACAGCAUGGAGGAGAUGGAGCUGCCCAGUCCUCUGGGUUUAAACCUGGCUCCCCACCUGCCUCCAGACCUGCCGGCACCACAGCCCAACAGACACCUGGAUCUGCUUCUGCGGCCGAGCUGCCCCAUCCCUGCAUUACACCUGGACUUCCUCAACCUGGACCUGCGGAGCUCCUGCGGGAUGAUCGAGCCCUCCAGUGGAGAUUACAUGCCAGUGAAAAACGUGCAGAAUUGAAAAAUUACCAUCGUUCAUCUUCCGAACACACAUUAAGAUAUUUUUGAUGAAAUCCGAGAUGUGAUUUACGUAGCAAGGAUCGUGAACACAGUCCAUGUGACAUCAGG